CCACCAUCUACGUGCAUAUAGUGGAUGAAAAUGACAACGCGCCAGAGUUUCCAGAGGAGGAGUAUGUGACGGUGCUGAGCGAGGGCCCCGACACCUUGGGGGCCACCAUUGCCACAGUAACCGCCAUCGACCCAGACGAGGGCCUCAACGGCACCCUCCGAUACACCAUCGACCACGGCAACCUGGCCAUCACCUUCUGCAUCAAUCAAACUACCGGAAAGAUUGUUGCAGUGAAGGAGCUGGACUUUGAGAUCAGCAAUGGACACUACGCACUUGUCGUCACAGCAACAGACCAGUGUCCCAUCCAUGCCCUCCGCCUGACAUCCAGCACUACGGUGUUGGUGAAUGUCCUGGAUGUGAACGAUGUGACCCCCACCUUCCCCAAGGUCUAUGAGGGGCCCUUUAAGAUAACAGAGGGCCAGCCGGGGCCCCGGGUCUGGACCCUCAAAGCCACUGACCAAGACUCUGGACUCAACGGCAAAGUGGAGUACAGCAUCACUGCCGGAGACCCCCAGAAUGAGUUUGUGAUAUCUCCAGUGGAGGGAGAGCUGCGUGUGAGGAGAGAUGUGGAGCUGGACAGAGAGACCACACCCUUCUACAACAUCACUGUCAUGGCAAAAGAUCUGGGCAAACCACCACGCAGCAGCAUGGUGGUGGUGGGUGUCCAUGUUCUGGACAUCAAUGACAAUGACCCCGUGCUGCUCAACCUGCCCCAUAACACCAGUGUGAGCGAGGGGGCGUCCGUCUACACCUCGGUGGCCAGGGUCAGAGCGCAGGAUGUAGACAGUGGACGCAACGCCCUACUCACCUACAACAUCACUGCUGGAAACCGCUACGGCGCCUUCUCCAUCAAUGACACUACAGGGGUGGUGCAGGUGAACAGGCCUCUGGACAGAGAGAGGGUGGCGGAGUACAGACUGGCCAUUACAGUCAAAGACAACCCUGAGAACUCCCGCAUCGCUCGCCGGGACUCAGAACUGCUGGUGAUCACAGUUUUGGAUGAGAAUGACAACAGGCCCAUAUUCACACAGACCAGCUACCGGGCUGAGAUCACUGAGAACUCCCCCACAGGCAGUGCUGUGUCAAUGUUGAACGGACCAGUGUUGGCUGAGGACAAAGACAUUGGGCCCAACGCUGUGGUCAGGUACCAUCUGCUGGGAACAAGACAGGACCUCUUCACUGUGGACUCUGAUACAGGUGUGGUGCGUGUGCGACAGGCGGCGCUGUUGGACCGCGAGAUGUUUGUGGAGCCUCGGGUGGAGCUGUUCCUGGUGGGGGAGGAUGUGUGGGGGCUCAACAGCAGUGUACCCCUCACUGUGACAAUCCUGGAUCAGAACGACAACCCUCCUGUCUUCAACCCCCCCAGCCUAACUGUGCACCUUCCUGAGAACAGCCCCACUGGUGUGGUGGUGACCCAGCUGUCUGCUAGUGACGCUGAUUCAGGCUCUAACGCCUGGCUGCUCUACCGGCUGGAAAGUGGCGCGCAGGACCGCUUCAUAGUCGACUCCCUGUCCGGCGCCAUUCUGGUGGGCAACGCCAUCCUCGACCGUGAGGAGCGCGGCUCCUACCGCCUGGUCAUCUUGGCUACAGACCGCGGCACGCCCUCGUUGUCGGGCACUGCCACCCUGUCGGUCAUCCUGGAUGAUGUCAACGACUCACGACCGCGUUUCAUUGAACCCGUGACGACUAUCAAUGUAAAUGAGUCUACGCCGCCAGGCGUGGUGGUGGCUACGCUCGCCGCCGAGGAUCAUGACCUACGACCCCGGCUGGAAUAUUACAUCAUCUCUGUGGAGGCCAAGGAUGAUGGGAAUAACCCUGUAGAUGGGCUGCAAGAGUCUUUCGGCAUCGAUUUCCACACGGGUGCUGUGUUUGUGCAUAACCCACUCAACAGAGAGCUGGUGGCCACAUUUGAGAUCCUUGUGUCGGUGCAUGACAACGCCAGUGAUGUCAUCGACAUGUCAGUCAGCGUACCUAAUGCGAGACUGACAGUGAACGUGCUGGAUGUGAAUGACAACGCCCCGCGGUUCAGACCCUUUGGAGUGGCCAACUUCUCAGAGAAGAUUCUGGAAGGGGCUCAGCCAGGCACCACUCUGCUGUCGGUGUCAGCUGUGGACCCAGACAAAGGCCCUAAUGGACAGGUCAUCUACCAGCUGCUACACCUGCCCCGAGGGGACUACCUCAGACUGGAGGACCCCUCUACUGGUAAGAUCGUAGCCAACCGGACAGUGGACUUUGAGCAGGUGCAGUGGCUGAACUUCACAGUGAGAGCUCAGGACCACGGCAGUCCACCCAGAGUGGCUGAGCUUCCUGUCUACCUACGUAUAGUAGACAUCAAUGAUAACAAGCCCAUCUUUACACAACCCUCUUACCAGAAGCCAGUGUUUGAGGAUGUUGACUUGGGCACGGUCAUAGUGACAGUCAGUGCCACAGACGCAGAUUCGGGCCUCUUCUCUGUCAUCGAGUACGGCCUGGUAUACGGAGAGGGCAAGUUUGGCAUCACUCCCUCCACUGGUGAAAUCUACAUUCUGUCUCCACUGGACAGAGAGACUAAAGACCACUACACCCUGACGGCCAUAGCUAGGGACAACCCUGGGGGCAGCCCCAACAACCGACGGGAGAAAUCUGUUCAGGUCUUGGUGACCGUUCUGGAUGUGAAUGACUUCCGUCCACGGUUCUCAGAUCAGGUCUUUGAGACCAGUGUGUUUGAGAACGAGCCCAGUGGGACUUCUGUGAUCACGCUGACUGCCAAUGACCUGGAUGAGGGGGAGAACGGUCUGCUGUACUACAGCCUGCAGGGCCCAGGGGCAGAUGCCUUCUCUCUGGACGCUGACACAGGCCUGGUGCGUUCUCUCCGUCUGCUGCAGUCCUUUGAGUGCUUUAACCUGACAGUGGUGGCUACAGACCAGGGCAAACCACCCCUCUGGGGCACCGCCACCUUACACAUCAUCAUCAUAGAUGUCAACGACAACAGGCCCAUGUUCGUCAGGCCCACCAACGGCACCAUCAUGCACAUCAUGGAGGAGCAGGCCCCAGGCCUGCUGGUGUACGAGGUGUUUGCGACAGAUGGGGAUGAGGGGGUGAAUGGAGAGGUGCGCUAUGCAUUCCUCCAGACAGGUGCUAGGAACAGAGAUUGGGAGAACUUCCACAUUGACACUAUUACAGGAGUUAUCACCACCGCCGUCAAACUGGACCGAGAGAAGCAGGCCCUGCACAGCCUGAUUGUUGUGGCCUAUGACCUAGGUCAGCCCGUGCCUUAUGAGACAACCCAGCCCCUACAGGUGGCGCUGUUGGACAUCGAUGACAACGAGCCUGUCUUCUUCAAGCCCCCGCGAGGCGGCCUACCGUACCAGACUCUGUCUGUGGCAGAGCACUCUACUCCAGGGACAGUAGUGGGUAAUGUGAAAGGAGCUGUGGACGCAGACGAAGGCUCAAACGCUGUAGUCUACUACUUCAUAGCAGGGGGAGAUACUGAGGGGAACUUUGGUCUGAACCCAGGGGGCAUACUGAAGGUGAAGAAGGAUCUGGAUCGUGAGGACAUCUCAGUAUACUCCAUCAUUGUCAAGGCCUCCAGCCACAGGAAUUGGGUCCCACCCAGGGAUCAGAGGUCAGCCCGGGGCAGAGCCCUUGACCCCAGCCAUGACCCCACCCUGCAGGAGAUCAGAAUCUACCUGGAGGACAUCAACGACCAGCCACCGCGCUUCACCAAGCUGGAGUACACUGCAGGUGUGGCAGCUGAUGCCAAGGUGGGCUCAGAUCUGAUCCGAGUACAGGCCAUAGACAACGACAUAGGGAACAACAGCCUGGUGCUGUACCAUGUCCUGUCCAUUCGCUACAUUAAACUCCAGUCCAAUGACUCUGAGGACAUAGGAAAUGUCUUCAUCAUAGGAGAGACAGAUGGGAUCAUCCGCACCUUUGACCUGUUCACGGCCUACGACCCGGGCUACUUCAUGGUGGAGGUAUUGGCACGGGACCUGGCGGGCCACAGUGACAUCACCAUGGUGGACAUCUACAUCCUGCGGGACAACCAGCGGGUGAAGAUCAUCAUCAACGAGAUACCCGAGCGGGUUCAACAGUUCCAGGAGGAGUUUAUCAGCCUGCUAUCCAACAUCACCAGAGCCAUAGUCAACACGGACGAUAUGCAGUUCCACGUGGACAAGAAAGGCAGAGUGAAUUUUGCCCAGACAGACGUGCUCAUACAUGUGGUCAACAAGCAGACCAACCGCAUCCUGGACGUGGAAAAGGUGAUUCAGAUGAUUGAUGAGAACAAGGACCAGCUGAGGAACCUGUUCAGGAAUUACAACAUCCUGGACGUCCAGCGUGCCAUCAGCAGGAGAGCACCUGAUGACCUCACAACGCUACAGAUGGCCAUCAUUAUCCUAGCUGUGUUGCUCUUCUUGGCAGCCAUGUUGUUCAUCUUCACGAACUGGUACUAUCGCACAGUACACAAGAGGAAGCUGAAAGCCAUUGUAGCAGGAUCCACAGGAAACCAAGGUCUAAUGGACAUCCUGGAUGUGCCCAACACCAAUAUAUACUCAUUUGAGGGGGCCAACCCUGUUUGGCUGGACCCGUUCUGUCGGAACCUGGAGCUAGCUGCCCAGGCAGAUAAUGAAGAAGACCUGCCAGUGAACCUCAGUGAGAUCACUGACCUGUGGAACAGCCCUGCUCGGACUCACGGAACGUUUGGCCGUGAGCCCCAGGCCAAGCCUGAGGAUGACCGCUACCUGAGGACAGCCAUCCAGGAGUACGACAAUGUCGCCAAGCUGGGCCAGAUCAUGAGGGAGGGGCCCAUUAAGGGCUCACUGCUCAAUGGGGUUUUGGACAACUACCUGAGGCUCAAAAAGCUAUUUGCAGCCAGACUGGUCACCAAGUUGACCAGCCAAUGCGACCAAUCGUCAGUCACAGUGGUGGAACGUGAGAAAAAGCAGCUGAUCCAGAGUGACCUGGAUGAUGACGAGGAUGACCGUGUGGGCAUGGGUGACAGCUGGGGCACGCUGCGCUUCAGACACAAGCUCCCCGGUGAGAUGAGGGGGCCCGACGGCGUCCACAGCAGCACGGGCACACUCCUAACCUCUGACCUCAACAGCCUGCCCGAGGACGACCAGCGGGCCCUGGCAGGCUCCACAGAGGCACUGAACAUCACCGAUGGCGGGUUGUACGCCGAGCGCAACACCCGUACCGAGUCAGCCAAGUCCACACCGCUGCACCGUAACAAGGAUAGUGACACGCUGACCGAGAGCCCGCUGGAGAUCACGGAGUUAUGACUAGCCGAGGCCUCGCUGGUCUGAGAAGAGACACGACUGAGUGGAGUGUCCUACUGCUGUCCCCUGCCUUCUCCCCUAUCCUCUCCUCAAAAACUGAGGGUCAGACACUGACCACUGUGACCAGGAUACAGCCAGGGGAGAUUGGGGAAAGCGGGUAGAGGGCCAGGGGUUGGAGGAGGUGGAGUGUGUGCAGUCUGGGAACUUAAAAUGUCAGUGAAGAUCUUCGUGAGCCAUGGAUGGCGUGUGUGAGGGAUCCCUUCAAAGAUGGAUAUUAAUUUGGUUUAAUGUCUGAUUGUGGACCAGAUGCAAAGACUUAGGGGCUCCUGAGUGGUGCAGUGGUCUAAGGCACUGCAUCUCAGUGCUAGAGGCUUCACUACAGACAUCCUGGUUUGAAUCCAGGCUGUAUCACAACCAGCCGUGAUUGGGAGUCCCAUAGGGCAGUGCACAAUUGGUCCAGCGUCAUCCGGGUUUGCGCCGGAGUAGACCAUCAUUGUAAAUGAGAAUUUGAACUUAACUGACUUGCCUAGUUAAAUAAAGGUAAAAUAAAAAAUUAAGUGUCAAGCGAAGACCUGGAACAUAGAAUAGCAGACCAAAUUGAAAGACUACUAAGAUUAAACAUGGUGAAAAAGAAUACACUAUGGCCAGCUUGUCUGGGACAUCUCUUGCAGGACACCAUUUGGUCUCCUACAGUCAUUCUAAGAUGGAGGCCAAUACUGCCUUUAUAAGGGGAGACCUGUCCAAUAACAGCCUACUGUCAGACAGAAGUACAGUGUCCUUCUGGAGUUACGUCCUAGGUUGCACACACUCUCACAAAAAAAAGCCACAGACCAGCGAACGGCCAACAAAUGGACUGUCAAAAAUAGUUAACAUGACAUAGAAAUGUAUUUCUUUUAUUUACUGUAAAAGAGGUGAGCACUUAUUGGGUGAGGAAGGGAAGAGGGGAUACAUAAGGACAUUCUUUGAAUUGAAAGGACUUGAGGUCUGGAUAUGGGAACUGUUCUGUUCUGUCUCCCAAUGAAUGGGUUGUCUUGGGUAUCCUGAAUUUGGAGACCUAACUGGACACCAACAGCCAUAGGUCUCCAUCAUAUUUGACUACAAAAGGACUACAGAAGGACUUGUUUAAUGAUGUCAUCAUUGAGGAGCACAGACGAAGAGGCUUUGUCUGGAUAUUAGCACAAGAGACAUUAAUAAAUAAACCCACUCUGCUAUGGUGGCCAAGUAGCCUGGUUAAACCAGACUGAACGCUGAGCUCACCACUGUAACAUCUGUUUUGCAUGCCAGGCUAGUGGCCCAGCAGAGCAGCUCUAGGACUGGAUGAACCAAUAAUAAAAGAGUACACUGAUAGACAGAGCCACAGCGAGUGCAUCAAUACAGUUCCUCGCUUCAAGUUACAUGGGCAAUAAAAAUAAUAAUUGGGACUGAGUAAGAGUGGAACAAUGCCUCAGUAUGGAACUGGAAGCCUUAUCUUCAGGCAAAAUUCAAUCCAUAGCACUUGAAGAUCUGCGGUAUAGCAAGAUUGAGCCGAUAUAUGCAGUGUUUACCGUGAAUGCAGUCUCCGAGAACUUGGUUUUUAAAUUUAAAUCGCGCUAUACCCCGGCUCUUCAGCCCUAUGGACUGAAUCUAGCCCUUGGAUUGCCAGAAGGGGUAAGGGUGGGAGUAUAUAUAUAUAUAAAAAAAGAAAAGAAAAAGAGGGUAUGCUGCCCCACAUAAAAAACUUGACAUUGCCACCAGAGUGAGUUCAUGGUCAAAAUGAGCAGGAUUUGCUUUAUUGUAAAGCAAAAAUAUAUAUAAAAAAAUGACCCAUUGAAAACAUAUUUUGGAAGAAAAAAAUGCUCUUACCAAAAUGGGUAGACAAAAUGGAUGUUUGAAAUAUGUGUACUACAUUGUACUUUGGAGACAUUUGUUGGGUUUCCUUUUGAAUAGCAACCGUUUCCCGACCUGAGUGUUACGCAUGAUUUAUUUUUAUAUUCCCAUUUUGAACAUUUAUGAACAGUUAUGUGUUGAGAAAUGUUGUGGAUGAUCUGUGAUAAAAAAAUAAAAUAUGCAACUGC